AUGGACACGGAACACGAGGCAAAAAUGGCCGAUCCCAAGCGAACGGUGCAGGCGUGCGAUCUGUGUCGCCAGAAGAAAUCGCGGUGUUGUGGCACUCGACCCACGUGUGCAAACUGCGUGCGCAGCGGCUCCAGCUGUGUGUACGCAGCCCAAGCGCGCAAACGACGACGAACCAAGCUGGAGGUGAUGGAGGAAAAGCUGCAGAUCAUGUCGCAGGACGAAAACUGCGACGUUGCGGCGCGACAGGAGCUGCUCGAGAGCUUUGCACGCCGACUGGAGAAGAAACGAAAGACUGAGAGGAUCGACAGUCAAGUCAACAAUGUGGUGCCCCAGAUGUUUGCUGGAAUGGUGGCUACGCCCUCGGAAACGCCCACAGACGUUCAGACAACCAUGAACGCCAUGGUCACGCCAUCCACGACCCCUCCAGAUCCGAUACAGGCCCAACAGGCCCAACAGGCCGUCGAACCCAUUAUGGAUGUCCAACACAUCACCCCAGACACACAGAACCUGGCGAAUCACGACACCCACGACUCUCAUGAUACCCACGAUUCUCACGACACCCACAAUACCAACCACAACACGCUAACAUAUUCCAACCCGUUCACAUAUGACGACCCCAUGGCCAACCGGCCCGUCUUCUGCUCCACUUCCGACGCUGGUCUUCGGUGGAUUGAGACACAGACGUGCGACGUUGGAUUCCACAAACGGUACUCCCACCUGACUGAGUCACUGUUUGAAACGGGACUCAACUUUCUACGCAACUGGAGACCACCGGUGCUGCCUAGCAGACCGAUUUGCAUGAACGAAGACGUGCUGCGGUUUCUGGCACGCACGUUUCUGGAGGCUGCUAACCCUUAUCUCGAUAUUGUGGAUGAUGUCGACGUGCUGAGGGUCUUCAAUGUGGUCAUUGAAUCCGAUAAUGCCAAGCAGGAUGAAUAUUACAGAGACGGCCACGUCCAGCUGUAUAAUCUCUCGUGUCCCGAGUCUCUGCUUUUCCACAGCUGCGUGCUGGUCAGCUUGGAGAUUUUCAUGGACGUGACACGCAACAAAAACGCAGCUGAACUCGCAGACACAAUCUUGCCAUUGGAGAAGGCCACAGCUGUAAGAGACCAGGUCUAUAUCAAUGCCCAGAGAGACUACAUGAAGCUCAUUAGUGGUGGAGGAGGACCCGAGGGUCUAGGAAAUACAUCAGAUACAAGUAACUACACACAACUAUCUCUACAGGCUUGCUUGGUGUUAUUGACUAGUACCACGGCGUCCAGUGAACCUCAACUGAUGGAACCUCUCAUAACAACCUGCAUGAGACUCUGCUACCAGAUGAGAUUGCACAGAGAAGAAAGCAUUGGGUUUAUGAGCCGACAUCGAACUCUCAGAAAUUGCUUUUGGGUCACCUAUAUGUUUGAGGCCACUUUUCUGGGCCGGUUGGCUCGUCGUCCUCUGGUUCGAGACUAUGACAUUUCUCUCUUGUACCCCGAAUCGACUCUUCAAGACCAACACCAUGGUCCUUUCACACCCAAGAUGCACUCCACUGCCAACACCCCCUGCAACUCGUGGUUGAAUCCAUACAUUCGUCUGUGCCGUCUUCAGUCUCGUGUCUGUGACGAGCUGUACAAUAACGUGUUUCCUCCCGAUACACGUGACCCUGUGGAGCUGUUACACAUUGCCUCAAAACUCGACUCCGAGCUACAAUCGUGGCGAGCCUCAGUUCCUCAUGAUCUCGACUUUGAAGCCGAGUAUGAUGCAGUGCAUCCUAUCGUUCUGGAAGCAUAUGCUCCCUUACAUGGAGUGCACAUCCGACCCGUCAAUAUCCAGGGUCUCAUCAACGAACGGUGUUGCAACGCUUACAGAUUCCGGGUUCGAAACCUCGGUCUCACUCUGCUCAACUGCAUGUAUUUGCACGUGACCAUUCUCAUCCACAAGACUUUCUUCUGGUACCCGCGAUGGGCUCUUCCGGUCAACCUGAGUUUUGUGAGGCCCACUUUUGGCUCGUACGACGUUGACGCGACUGCGCAGGCUCUCAAUCCAGCAGAGUACAGCAGCAACGGCAACUACAUUCCACCGCAUCGAAACGAGCAUUUUUCUGCGUCCUUCUCACAGAACAGGUCUUACACACAGAGCAACCAGUCCACCGGACAGGCGUUCAACCUGCCACAUGUUGAUAUUCCUUCCAAGCGUGUGUUUGCUUCCAACUCGUUGGUCCGAUCCUCUGCUCGAAAGAUCUGCAACGCUCUGACCCGUAUGGAUAUGCGAUACACGUCGUUCAUUUGGAUCUUUGCCUUCUUUCCCACAGUAGCGUUCGAUGUGCUAUUCCAGACGAUCAUCCUCACUCCUCUGGACUCUACCACGUCAGCGGAUCUGUCCCGGAUGCGGUUCUGCAUCAACUUCAUGAAGAAACUGAAAAACUCCAACAUCAAAACGUCUGAGCAGGUGUUUCUGCCCAUCUACGAGCAGCUGUUGGCGUACGCCACGGGCUUUGUGAGCAACUGUUUGACCACAAACGACGACGAUGUCCAAGACAAGGGCGUGGGCGGAGAACUCGGCUUCUUCCCUCAAGCUACAGGAGACUCAUACUGGGAUGGAUCCACUGGGGAGAUGCCUGAAUUUGUGGCAAUGUCCAAUACUGCUCCUGUUAUGAUGCCAGGUGAGUCGUGGACUCACAGCGGAGAUGAGAAUCGAGUGGUGAGGAGGGUCAUGUAG